GCUCGCUACCCGGUAUGGACGAGAACCUCUCCGCCACCGACCUGCCGCACAAAUCGUACUGCCCGUCCAAGUCCACCCUGUACGUGUCCAUGCUUCCGUAUGCGUACACGAACAACGAUGUCGCCCAGCUGUUCACUGGGUAUGGGAAGAUUGCUCGGGUGACGCUUUUGCGCCACAAGGACACUCGCGCGAGUCGCGGCGUGGCCUUUGUGCAGUUUUCGCAGCCUGAAGACUGCGAGAAAGCAUGCAAAGCCAUGCAAGGUGCCAAGGUGGAGUUAAUGACGUUAAGUUGCUCCAUCUCCAACGACAACGGCCGGUCAGGCGACUUUAUCAAGAAACGCAAGUACUCAUCCAAGAAAGUGUGCUUCGAGUGCACCGAGGCGGGCCAUUACUCGUACGACUGUCCCCGCAACAUGCUGGGGGCUCGCGAAAAGCCCAAGCCCAAGAAGAGCUCCAAGCGACGGACCAAGUUUGAGCACGGAGAAGCCGCCGACUACUUCGACCACACACAGGACGACCACAGUGACAUUGGCAAUGUGGGAGUAGCCGCCCUCGCCUACCAAUCCAAGCCAGUUCACGGCGGCAGCCACCAUCCCACUGAUAGCAGCGCCCCCCCGCGCCGCCAGGUGAAGAAGGACCCGUACUUUAGUGACGAAGACGAGUCCCGUUAGGCGGAGGAUAGCUCGUAUACUAUUUAACGUGAAGAAGACAUUAAUAAUAAAUGCCAUAGUUUAGUCGAGUCCA